AUGUCUGAACUUGAUACUAAGAAGAGUAAAGUGUCAAUGGUGCAUAUGAAAAGCCAUUCCAACAAGUCACAAAUAGGCUUCGGAACAAAAUCAAUGAGCAGAUUGAGAGUUCGGAGACAGUCGUUUGGAUUUGCUGGGGUCCCGGGGAUACGGCCUGUGGAGCGAACGUCUCAGAUUGCCAUCGAAUUCAAACGCCCUGUUCUGACUUACUUGCCUACUUACCAACUCGGACCAAAUUACAAGUUUCAUCUUCCAACAGUACAGAAGUUGACUGAUGAGCUACUGGAUGAGCUUUGGGAUGGUCACAAGUAUAAUGUUCAGGAUUCUCCUGCUCUAGCACUCCGCAUAGCUGGCGAGCUGAUGCGAAAACUUAAAGCCAUACAAUUCAACCGUUAUCGCCUUAUCUGCGUGGUCACUAUCGGCCAAAAGAGAGCUCAGAGCUAUAACAACGCCGUGUCUUUCUUAUGGGACCACGAGAGAGAUAACUAUGUUGACGUUCAAAGAGAAGUUAGCACUGCUUUCAUUCAGGUUACAACUUUUGGUGUAUAUUUAGACUAA